UCCUAAACUGGGAACAUGGCGCUUGCUAGUGUUGUGCGUUCUGAGGGCUCCUUGUGGAACCGGGCCCGGGAUGUCCCCGCCAGCUGCGGCCUGCAGACCGAAGGGGCUAGCUUCCAGGUCGUCCCUGGACUCGGGCAGGGAACAGCUGAACCCGGGAUUGAGUUUCUGCACGGGACAACCACCCUGGCCUUCAAGUUCCAUCAUGGAGUAAUUGUGGCUGUUGACUCCAGAGCUACAGCUGGCUCUUACAUCGCCUCACAGACCGUGAAGAAAGUCAUUGAGAUCAACCCCUACCUGUUGGGCACCAUGGCAGGUGGUGCUGCUGACUGUAGUUUCUGGGAGAGGCUCCUUGCCCGUCAGUGUCGCAUCUAUGAACUUAGGAACAAGGAACGUAUAUCUGUCGCUGCAGCUUCCAAGCUCCUAGCUAAUAUGGUAUACCAAUACAAGGGCAUGGGCCUGUCUAUGGGAACCAUGAUCUGUGGAUGGGACAAGAGAGGACCAGGUCUUUAUUAUGUGGACAGCGAAGGAAACCGAGUGUCAGGUUCAGUCUUCUCAGUGGGGUCAGGCUCUAUGUAUGCUUAUGGAGUGUUGGAUAGAGGAUACAACUAUGAGCUAGAAGCAGAGGAAGCCCAAGAACUGGCACGGCGCGCCAUUUACCAGGCGACAUAUCGUGAUGCUUACUCAGGUGGAGUGGUGAAUCUCUACCACGUGAAAGAAGAUGGAUGGCUGCGGGUAUCACAAGACGAUGUGGCUGAGCUCCAUGAAAAGUACAAGGGGAUGACUGACUCUUAAGAUGUUUAGUUGAGGAAGUGGAGAUGCUAGUAAUGCUCCACUACCCUCCCUUUUGUCCGAAGUUCCUUAAAGGAAACCUGUCACCAUGAAAAUGCGAAAUAAUCUGCAGGCUGCAUGUUAUACAGCUAGAAGCGCUGAGCAGAGUGAUCUAUAGUUUUAUGGGAACUGAUUCACUGAUAGCUUGUAUUUCUUUUAUUUAUAUCCCUGCCCAUUCUGUGCUGUGAAGUCCAGGAGGCGGUCCUAUCAGUGAUUGACAGCUAUCUCUGUAUACACAGUCAUAGAGGGAAGGCUGUCAAUCACUGAUAGGACCGCCUCCUGGACUUCACAGCACAGAAUGUGCAGGGAUAUAAAUGUCUAAAUUACAAGUUAUACUGAAUCUUUUCCCAUAAAACUAUAUCACUCUGCCCAGCUCCUCCUGCUCUCACUGGCUGCCUGCAGCUCAGGCACCAUCUUUAACGUGACAGGUUCCCUUUAACAUGAUGGUUAUCUAUGUGAUGGAGAAGUAAGACCACUUAGGUUCCAUAAAACAUGUAAAGUUUCUUUCUUUUUUAUGGUUUGUUAGGUGUUGGAGCGACAUUCUUAAAAUAUUGGCUGCUGCAUACCAUCUUAUUAAACACGUUCUUUACAAAUCA